CUCCCCGUCAAAAGGCGCCAUUUGCCUCCCCUCACAUUUAAAACUUCAAACCCCUUUCCCAUGCCCUAAUCCUCUCUCUCUCUCUCUCUCUCUCUCUCUCCACAGCUCAACCUUCACACUAUCUCCUUUUAUAAACACUCCCACACAUCCACACCCACCCCCACCCCACCCCCACCUCUCUCCACUCCCAUGACUUCUCACACCUACGCCAUGGACACCCAGGCCCAAUCCUCCGACCUCGCCUCCCAAAUCCUCGCCGCCUCCGCUCCCCCGCAGAUCAUCGCCGCCUGCGCCGCCGUCGAGUCCUUCCUCCACCGACACACCCCCGACCAGUCCCGCUGGUUCUUCUCCAUCACCUUCCCAACCCUAAUCUGCAAAACCUUCGGCUUCGACGAGCCCCCGCCGCCAGCUCAGCGCCCCUCGCCGCCGUCCACUAACGGCUGGAUCGACGUCGUUCUGUCGUCCAACGACCCCGAGCUGGCAUCUAGGGUUUUCAACCUCCUCUCCCCUGAUGGUGUUCUAAUGUCCUCGAUGUCGGCCGUCGACCGUCUAUCGCUGAUCAAGUACGUCUUCCCGACCGAACGGCUGCCCGAGUGGGUUAGGUUUACGCUCUCGAACGAGCGAAACUGCAUGGCUUUAGCUGAUUCGUGCCCCUUGUUUAAAGGUAACAAGAUCAAUACCAACAAGGGCUCCUCUUCGUGUCAAGUUGAAUUGAAUGUGUUUGAGUACUAUAUAUUCUGGUUUGCUUAUUACCCCGUGUGCAAAGGAAACUGCGAAUAUUUUGAUACGGCUAGGGUGUCAAGGAGUAAUAAAAAGUUUAGGUUAGAUAAUUGGGCUUGUUCAAUUCCAGGGUUUUCUAACCCCAAGCGUGGGUCGGAUCAGAAAGUAGAUUGUGGUGGUUUGUAUGUACGGCUCCUGUAUGCAUAUGUUCGCGCGUUUGUGCCAGUAUCCGAUUUGGAUGACGCGUGCCAACCCUAUCGCAGCUCGCUCCUGCAUUAUUCCACGGGUUUUGAUAGUUCGAAACUCGAGCGGGCAGAGUUCCUUGUUUGUUCCCUGGUGCACUUUUGGUUGGUCAAUAAAGAUUUCUCGCCGUUGCCCGUGAACUUGUGCAAGUCGUUAGGCAUGUGUUUUCCUUUUCGUUCGGUUCUAGGUGAGACUCCGCCCACUUCCGGGUUGGGGGAGGUAGUCAACUUGUUUGUGAAGUAUCUCAAUUUGAGUUCGGUUGCCCUAACUGAAGUGUCUCAUCAAGCUGAAUAUACCGAGAGUCCUAGGUGGCAGGUGUCUAGGAAUACGAUGUCGGUAAGUCCUGGCGUGCCUUCUAUCGGUUGUUGGAACUCAUGGGUUCAGAGGCCAUUGUAUAGGUUCACACUGAGGACGUUUUUGUUUUGCCCUAUGGAGACUUCUAUCAAGAAUGCGUCUCAGGUAUUCUCGGUUUGGAUUAGUUAUAUGGAACCUUGGGCAAUCAGCUUGGAAAAUUUUAAGGAGUUGGAGGCAGAAAUUGGCGCCACAGCUAAGAAUACGACAAAUGUGCUUCCUCGGGCUUCAGCAUGUGGAUAUUCGUCUUCAUGGCAGGGCUUUGUCCUGUCCAACUAUCUGUUCUACAGUUCGUUGGUUCUACAUUUUAUUGGAUUUGCACACAAGUUCCUUCAUACAGAUCCAAAAGUUGUAGUUCAGAUGGUAUCAAAGGUCAUAAACAUAUUAACAUCUUCUGGGGAGCUGCUUGAUCUUAUAAAGAAUGUUGACAUUGCAUUUCAUUCCCAUUCAACUAGGUCAUCUAAAUCUAUGCUUAAUAGCUUAUACAGAUUUGUGCCGGCAAUACGUGAACAAUUGCAGGAUUGGGAGGAUGGCUUAUGCGAGAGCGAUGCGGAUGGAUCAUUCUUGCACGAGAACUGGAACAAGGAUUUACGUCUUUUCAGUGAUGGUGAAGAUGGUGGGCAGCAGCUGCUUCAGCUCUUUAUUUUGCGUGCAGAGUCCGAAUUACACCCCACUUCUGGUGACAAUCUUCUUCAGUGCAUAGAUUCACUUAAAACCAGCUUAGGCAACUUGUUUGGUUGCUAUAUCAUCAAGCCAAUAACAAACCCACCUGAAGGAAGACAACACCAGGAAUCAUGCAACGAAAUAUUCAAGCCUAGACGAGUCAGAAAUGGCAUCCCAGCUGAUAUAACGUACAAGGGUGACUGGAUGAAACGCCCCAUUUCUGACGAUGAGGUUGGGUGGCUUGCUAAUCUUCUUGUUCGUUUGUCGGGUUGGCUUAAUGAAAGUCUCGGGCUAAAUGGCGGCGAGAGCAGCUGUGUCGGUCCUGCUUACGUGGAAGUUCCAGGCAAUGUUAGUGACGUGUCCGGGCCCACAGAGACUGCAAAAGUGCUGUUAGGUUCUGCUGGUACCUGGUUUGGUGCAUCGUGUUGUGCGGCAGUUGGGUUCAUGAAGAAGCAUGGUUUGAAGGUGAAUCUUAGGGUUUUGGCUUCCAAGAAGGUGGUGAUGGUUUUGCUAGUGGCAGUGGCUAUGAGUGCGGUGAGGAGAGCUGUUGCAGAGGCUCAAAGAGUGUGAAUAUUGUGAUAUACUUGAGGGAUAAAAGGCAAGGAAAAAUAUAUGUAAAGAAUGAAACCGAUGGUAGAGAAACUGGAAGAAAGGUAAAUUAAGGUUUGUCUUUCAUGUUUUAAGGCAUCAAGUUCUCUUGUAAUUAAGAGGUGAAUUUUUGUAUGAGAUUUUUACUUGGCCUUAGAUCAAUUAUGUUUUCA